AUGUCCUCUGACAACUCAGUUGGACAGUUUGUCGCCAGGAACAAAACUGCGGUUAUAGCGACUAUCGCUGCAGGAGCUACGGCCGUGGGGGCAUACUGCUACUAUCUGCAACUUCAGCAAACCAAGAAACCUUCAAGAAAGGAGGAAGAGGGCGAAAAAGAAGCCGAAACAGAGAUCAAGGGUGGCAAGAAGAAGAAGAAGAGCAAGAGAAAGUCACAGGCCUUGUCUGCACCUGUUUAUCCCGUCGAUGCCAACGGAGAUCCAGAUCUCAGCAAUGUUGCAGAUCUAAGUGCGGAACAGAAAGAUAAGAUUGCAGUUGGCCUCAAAGACAAGGGAAACGAGUUUUUUAAGAGUCAGAAAUACCACGACGCCAUCAAGUUCUACACCCUUGCUAUCGAGGUGAAAAACGACCCUGUUUUCUACUCGAACAGAUCUGCUUGCUACGUUUCCUUGGGCGAGCAAGAAAAAGUCGUGGAGGACACCACUGCGGCUUUGAAGCUCAAACCGGACUACUCCAAGUGUCUGCUUCGUAGAGCCACGGCCAACGAGAGUCUAGGAAAUUACGCCGAUGCUAUGUUCGACUUGUCUGCCGUGAGUUUGUACGGCGAUUUCAACGGUUCGUCUGUGGAGCCAUUGCUGGAAAGAAACAUGAACAAGCAGUCGAUGCUCGUGCUCAAACAGAAAUUGGAACAACACAAGCCUAGCCAACUGCCUGCCAACACCGCAUUGGCGUCCUUUUUCGGUAUUUUCAAGCCUGAGACGUCUUUCGACAAUUAUAAUGAAACCUCGGAAGCAGACCGCACUUUGCUUGACGCUUUAACCAAGCUUUACGAAAGAACUGCAGAGGGCUACGAACAAGCUGACUUGUCUUUCUCCAAGGCUAGAGAACUCUACAAAACUCUAUUGGAUGAAUCUCCUGACAAUGAAGAGCUGAAAAAGAAAGCCGCAAUUGCAUUGGAACACGUUGGUAUCUUCAAGUUCUUGAAGAAUGACCCAUUGGCCGCCCACGAAGACUUGAAACAAGCCGUUGAAUACUUCCCAAGACCUAACUCGUACGUUUACAUCGCUCUCAUCAUGGCCGACAAGGGUCAAGGUGAAGAAUACUUUGAAAACUUCGAAAAAGCGCUGCAAAUAGAUCCUGACUGUGCUGCUGUCUACUACCACCGUGGACAGAUGUAUUUCAUUACGCAACAAUUUUCAGAAGCAGGCAAGGAUUUCGAAAAGGCCAAGAGUCUCAACGAGUCGAACAUUUUCCCUUACAUCCAAUUGGCUUGCCUGACCUACCGUGAAGGAAAGCGUAGCGACAGCGAAACCCUUUUCAGCGAGGCAAGAAGAAAGUUCCCAACCGCUCCCGAGGUUCCAAACUUCUACGCUGAGAUUCUAGCUGACCAAGGCGAUCUAGCUGGUGCCAGAAAACAAUACGAAAUUGCUGCUAAAUUGGAAAAGGCUUUGACAGGUAUUCACGUUGGUGUGUCUCCAUUGAUUGGCAAAGCGACUCUUUUGUCGAGAGAGGCUAGCGUCGAAAACUUUGUCGAAGCUACGGAGUUGUUCGAGGAAGCUUGCCAGCUCGACCCAAGAUCUGAGCAAGCUAAAAUUGGUCUAGCACAAUUGAAGCUGCAACAAGAAGAUAUCGAUGAAGCCAUUGCUCUGUUCGAAGAAGCUGCCGACCUAGCCAGAAGCUUCGAUGAGAAGCUACAGGCCACUACUUUUGCCGAGGCCUCCAAGAUUCAAAAGAAAAUCAAGGCCGACCCAAUUGUGAGCGCUAAGAUUGAAGAAACUUUGGCUGCUUACCGUGCUCAAGGUAUCUUGGGUUAG